AUGGCCUCCCAGUGGGUCAGCGCCUCGACGCCGGACCCUCGGCCGAGUGAGAGCGAGUCCCGGGGCUCCGCCCCCGAGACGGGCGCACAGGUGACCCCCGGCACUUGCCUGGACAGCCAGUGGAGGCCUGGCGGGCAGGACGGCAGCUCAGUGAACCUGGACGGCGACGGGGCGGCAUGUGGGUCACCGGGGGAAAGAGAAAGCACUCUCCGGGCCUGGAAGGGGGGGAGGGGACCCGAAGGAGGAGAGGAUGAGGGGAGGGAGGAUCACAGACGCGCCGAGGCAGCCUCGCAGCCGCAGACAGACAGACAGUCGCCCCGCGCGCCUGCCCCUAGACGCAGUCGCCGCUCCAGUCCAGCCCGCGAGGCCCCAAGAGGCCGACCAGCGCGCGCAGUCUACCUGCAGGUGGGAGCCAUGAGGGUCGCCGUCGUGCUGCUGGCGCUGGCGCUGGGCCGCGCGGCCGCCGAGCCGGGCAACCGCACGCUCGCGCCCCGGGUCCAGGAGACCAGGACCUCGCUGAAGGUGGGGCGCAGCCUCGACCCGGACUCCAUGCAGACCCUGGACGUGAGGACGAGGGGCGGGGGCGUGGCCACGCUGCUGGUGAAGAGGCGCGACGGCAAGUCCCGCGGCACGCCGCUCCCGGUGUCCGUGAGGUCGACGCCGCUGCGCCUGGUGGACCGCGCCGAGUCGCCCGCCCCCGGCGAGCUGUCCGUGGGCGGCGGCGACUGGGCGCCCCUCGACAAGGCCGGCAAGUCCAUCGCCUCGACGCCCCUCGACCAGGCCGGCAAGUCCAUCGCCUCGACGCCCCUCCUGCGGCUGAAGGAUGGGCAGGACGGCGCGCGACUUCCUCGGGUGCCCGACCCCGUCUACGUGAGGUCCUCCCCCAUGCACGUCAAGGGCCAGCAGCAGUUCCCGUGGAAGCGCCAGAGGAGCCUCAUGACCGUAGACUCCGACGGAACGCCGCUCAUCACCGGAGUCAGGAUGCCCGACGACGAGUCCGACGUGUACACUUGGAGGAAUGCCAGGGUGAUCAACAACUACCUCGUGCCCAACGACAACGAAGGAAGUUCCUCUGCUUCAGAGACAGAAACCCACAAGAAAGAUGUUGUUAAAAAAAAUUUAAGCAAUGAGCCCUCAGAAGACAGUUCACCCAACAGAUUUCAACCUAUGGAUGUCAUUCAACCGCCAAAACCUAAAAACUACAGGACCCUCAGCAGCGAAUCUUAUGCUAGAAUAUUAGAAUACAUCAACACUGUGAAUCAACGGGAGAGUAGACAGCGAGAAGCCGAGCUGAGAAGUAGAAUGAUUCAUUACCCGGUUCCGAGGUACAACCUCAACGGUGUGGCGACUCCCGCUGUCUUGGCGAACUCUAGAUUUCAACCUCGCAUGCUGCACUACCAAGGUUCGACGAUGCACCCUACCUCACUUCUGUACACUCCGCAGAAUGCUAAACCAUCCCGUGUGUCCUUUGAGGAGGGUGUCCGUACUCCGGUGUUGCAGUACGCCCACCCAGAGCUCGGGGUUCAGACCGCUAAGAUAGAGAGGAAGCAAGACGACGAAGUCGGAGAAACGAAGCUGCAGAAAACUGAAGAGGUUGGUAAUAUGAAGCCUGAUGCGUUGGCAAUGGCGUAUUUCUCUCAAGACAUACACAGCGAUCGCAGUCCGUAUGUCUACGAACCUGGCUUGCUUUCUAAUGAUGAAACAGAUGCCAAUUCUGAAAUUAAAUACAAUAAUUAUGACAAGCGAUCAAAUACCGAAGAUGUGAAUAAGUUCCAGCAGUGGCCUAAAAGCUUCUUUGGUCUGUUACAUCAAGAAGAUUCGUAUGGAUUACAGAACGAAAAAUAUAUCAGACGCUACCCGUACAAUGGCUACAAUGAUGUUUACUAUGGGAAAGACUCCACGAACACAUUUAAAGGUCCAUCUUUUACCAAAGUACACCAGUACAGUGGCCCAAAUCGUUACCCCACUUUAUAUGCCCAUGUGGAAAAUGAAAGGCCAUUUUGGGAGAAGCUUGGCGAAACAAUAAAAGAACACGUCCAAAAUGGCAUGGAAAAAUUUUCUGACAUAACAAGGCCAGUAAUGGAGCCUCUUGUGGAAGCAACUCAUAAAAUAUCUCAUAAUCUUGGCUUUCGGUUCCAGUCAGAAGGUCAAGGCAAAACUAAUGUAAUCCAGGACAAAAUUGGCGGUGCCGUGGCAGCAUAUCCCGUGCUUGUCCCCGCCCUUGGGCUGGUCGCUGGAGGAGCCGCCCUCGGCCUGGGAGCCGUGGCUGUCGGCAGGUACCUGGACGUCGGGAACAACAAGAAAGAAAUCGAAGACGACGAAGAUCUUGCGAUGGAGCACAAGAGAGCCCUCGAUAGUGUCGUGAAGCAGCUGAACGAACAGAAUCCCGAUAAGCGAGGAAGAUGGGUCUUGAUGAAACAGGGAGAGACAAAGGAUGAGGAGGAAACCGGAAGGCUCCCGAAAGAGCUCGGGUCAGCAAUCGGUGGUACAGUUGAAGACUAUGGAAAGACCAAAAGAUCGCUGGAGGAUGGUGUGAUCUACAUCAUAGAAGAUCAUUCUCCAAGUAGUUCCGGGGACACGCAGAGAGUUGUGGUUAAAAGAGACGGAGUUCCAUUUCAGGGAGCGAGCGACCAAAUGGAAGACAGAGUGGGAGAACAUCACAUGAUCUCGAAGAGGUCUCCUCCAGCCAGCGAGGUGGUGGAGGAAGAUCUGAACAGCCUGACGACUACCGCAGAGCCUGGCACCGUGGAGGCGCUGGUCUCGAUGGCUGGCCUGGGGCAUCCCGGCCACUGGAAGGACACCGUCUGCGCCAAGAAGAUCUUCUGUGAGGUGAUGGUCCGGCAGCCAGCAGACUCCAUCAUCCUCAUGGAGAAGAAGAUGGGUUUCUUAUCUUCUCUGGUGGCAGCCAGCGAGGACGUGGGACUCCACCUGCGCCAGGUGAUGGACGCCGUCAGGCGAGGCGACUGCUCGCCCUUCAGGUGCGACGCCGCGCCCAGGUAGACGCCAGCGCUGCUCGGCGGCGCGCGCGGGAACUACUCCGAGAGCGAACACGGCGCUCCUGACGCGCCGACCUCCUUGUGUGGCGCUGCUCCAAGGAGGAAGCAAGGACACGCAGAGACUUCGUUACACAAGCCUGUGGCUCGUUCUCGCGGCUUUUCAAACAAAUUGUCAGAAGUGUUCUCGGCGAUGAAAAACAGUGUAUUUCAUAAUUCGUAGAGCAGAUUCCUGUGAAACUAAUUUAUGAUUACAGGUAGAUAUUUAUGUAGAAAAUAACAGUUUCACUCUUCGUACACUUAUUUUGUCUUAAUAUGUGUGUAGACUUCCUACAUUGUUGUUCUUUUUGACAAGAAACCUAAUGCCUAGUGCAAGUUUCUUAAGCCAAAGUUUGGUUCAGAAUUUUUGGUACUUCUAGGCGAUUUAGGGUUGCGAUACCGGUGGAAAUUUUGCAAGCUCCCUUUGUUGAUUACCUAGAUCUACAUGCAAGUGUCUGAUAUUACCAUUACUUCACCUCGCUAAGAAUGGAUGCAGUGAAAUCAAUGUUAUUUGUUGCUGAGCUUCGUGCAUUGAAGAAACACACCUGCUUCAAGGCUUGGAGCGUUUCUCAUCUCCCAUUUCAUACACACUCGGCGUGGCUAUGGCGGUUAGGAGAACAUAGUUGAGAAACAAAAUAUCCUAACUUUGGAUACAUUCCGAAUUUAAGGCCAAUUUUCCUUUCUCCGCCAAGAAUCUGACGAGUGUUAAUUGGAAGGCGUAGAUGUUUCGGGACAUGCAUUUCCAUAAUUCUUGAAAAUAGUAAAAAAAUCAAAAACUUAUUAGUUGAUAAUUAGAACAAUGUAAAUAUAAAAGAUGAAAACAAUUUAAACUGCCUUCUUGAAAUAAACAGUAUUGUGUUCAUUUUAUAUUUUUAGCCAAUAGGUACAAAUUUGAACAACAAUUGAGACUCAUGGUAUAAUUCAAAAAAAUACAAUCAUACAGUGAAUUAAAUCAAACGAAACAAAUAUUUCCACUGGGAGAAGUAAGGUUUGUGCAGUUGGUAGCAGUUUCUUGCCUCGCUAAAGCACUCGGCGGCGUCCAGGGGAGAGCUGUGUGUUGUGUUUGGUGACGCGGCCGCGACGGAAGAAAGUCGCUGCGGGCGGUCGCUCAGCACACGCUCAGCACACGCACAGCACACGCACAGCACACACACGGCCCAGCUUUCUUCUGGGCCGACGCGGGUCCACGAACUCUUCCACGGUCGCGCUGCGUGGCUGCAUUCCACACGAGAUUCCUUGGACCACCCGAAAAUCAAAUCUGCUGUCGCAAAGUAGUUACAUGCCAUAUGUACAAGCAUUUCCAGUUAUGGAAAUGCAUGUUCCAAAACAUCUACUCCAGGUCCUUGGCGGAGAAAGGAAAAUUGGCCUGAAUGUACCCAAAGUUAGGAUUUGUUGUUUCUCAACUAUUUUUUUUUCCGGGGAAGCAAAGUAACAACAUUAGCUUUGGUUAACUUAAGCUCGACUCCUAACUGGCAUAGCCACGCCGAGUGUGUAUGAAAUGGGAGAUGAGAAACGCUCCAAGCCUUGAAGCAGGUGUGUUUCUUCAAUGCACGAAGCUCAGCAUCAAAUAACAUUGGUUUCACUGCACCCAUUCUUAGCGAGGUGAAGUAAUGGUAAUAUCAGACACUUGCAUGUAGAGUCUUUAAAAAUAAUAAUAAAUAAUUAAUAAUAUCCUUUCAUUUUGGUAUGCAACGAAGCAUCGCACCCAGAUUUUUUUUUGCAAUAAAUGGAAAUUCUGAUAGUUUUUAUUUCUCCUUGGUAAAACAGACAAAAUUUUAGAGCUAUUAGAAAUAAAGUAUUAUAAUUUUUACUGUACAUGAUGGAGAAAACUUUCCACAGAAGUUGUGCGGCAAAAAAAUAAAUAAAUAAAUAACUCUAUGAACAAUUGAUACUUCAUCAUGUAUAAACAAAUGUGGAUUUUUAUAUAACGUCAUACUGUUUAAUGACAACUUUCAUGUUUUUUUUAACCGCACAGUGUCGAAUAAACAGAGAUAUAUUCAAUUCACAUCCUCCUAAUUUAAUUAAAACCAAUUUAUUCAUAUCUUUUAAUAACUUGUUUUCUUAUAGCGAAAUACUCAACUUCGUUAAACUGUUUCAUAUGAUAUCCAAAAUUUUAAAUUCUAAGUAGGCUACAGUUAUCUUUUUAAAGAGUUUAAAAAGUGUUUCCCUUGAAUAAAAAAAACACUAGUAUUAGUUUUAACCCAUACCCUUACUUCAGUGACAGUAUGCCUACAGUGUAUUUCAACCCAACUGAACUGAACAUUUUCAGCUAACAAGGCGUUAAAAUAUUAAAAUACUUGAUGUUCUAGUUCAAGCUGGUGUAUGACAGGCUUAUAAAAGCACACUGGUUGCAUUUUGCGAUGUUGUUCACACGAUUGGCUCACAAAUACAAAUUGCAAAAUGUCUGGUAUAUAAGCGGAAAGCACUAGGUACGAUGUUUUCCAUUUUUUGUUCUGUAAUGUAAACGUAAUUGAGGUUUAAUUUUUAUAUACAUUCAUGAACUACUCGCAUCUGUUUGCACUAAGUUAUUAUCUAUAAAAACCAUUUUAUCAGAAAAAAAAUAUAAACAAUAGUAUUAUAUUGUAACUGCCAUGUUUGAAUAAGCACUCUCUUAUAUUACAUACCUUAAUAUUAUUUACAUUAAUCAUCUUUAUUUAUUUUGUGUAGAUGUUCAUCAACAUUUAAAUGUCAUCAUUGUUUCUCCAUUAGCUACAAUUCUUACGAAAGACACAACUUAAUAAAUUUUAUGGGCAGCACAAACGGUGCGACGUAUUUGCUGAAAUUGGUUUAAAUAACGAAUGUGACGAUAGUGUCUGAUUUCGUAAUGAUUUUGUUAUUUUCAAAGAACACCUUUUGUAAGAAUUGGAGCAAGUAAUAGGUUUGUGUGUAGUGAGAAUGAAAAAUUGUUAAUAAUUGAUGUAAUUAAUAUGUCAAUAAAAUAUUGUUAUUAAUU